AUGCCAACCGGCCAGCAGCUCGCUCUAUCCGGCGCGGCACUCGCCGCGCUGACCGCCUGGACGGUUCGGCUGCGGCAGGAGAAGGGUUGGGAGGAGACGCUCGAGCGAGUCGCCAAAGGCGUCGUCGUCGUGCGAGUCAAUUCGGUGAUGGCCUUCGAUAUGAACGAGAGAGGCUUCUCGCUCGCAACCGGCUUCGUCGUGGACAAGGCGCUCGGCAUCAUCCUCACCAACCGCCACGUCGUGACGACCGGUCCGGUCACCGCCGACGCCGUGCUGCACAACAAGGAGGAGAUCGAGCUCACUCCGCUGUACGCCGACCCGGUCCACGACUUUGGCUUCUUCAAGUACGACCCGGCCGACGUCCGCUUCAUGGAGCUUCAGGAGAUCCCGCUCGCCCCGUCCGAGGCUCGGGUGCGGGUGGUCGGCAACGACGCGGGCGAGAAGAUCUCCAUCCUCUCGGGCACGAUCGCCCGCCUCGACCGCGCCGCGCCCAACUACGGCUCGCACACGUACAACGACUUCAACACCUUUUACUUCUCGUGCGCCUCGAAUACCUCGGGCGGCUCCUCGGGCUCGCCCGUGGUGAACGCCUCGGGCCGCGCCGUCGCCCUCAACGCGGGCACCAGCACCAAGUCGGCCUCCUCGUACUACCUGCCUCUGCAGCGGCCCGCGCGUGCCCUGGCGCUGCUGCAGAAGGCCCUGCUCGCGGGCAGGGGGGCGGGCCGCGCGUGCGUGCCCCGCGGCACGCUCGGCGUGGUGCUGCAGCACCGCGCAUUCGGCGAGCUCAAGCGGCUCGGGCUGCGGCGCGAGACGGAGGCGAGGCUGCGGCUUUCUGUCGGUGCCACGUGGCGUGACACUGCGUGGACAUGUCCCGGCAGGCGGGAGACGGAGGCGGCGGUGCGCGGCUCGCUGCCCGGCGAGACGGGCAUGCUCGUCGUCGACCAGAUAGUGCCUGCCGGGCCGGCGGAGGGCGCGCUGGAGCCGGGGAACUGCGUGCUGGAGCCGGGGGACGUGCUCCUCGCGGCGAGCGGCAGCGACCCGGCCGGCGGCGCGCCACUGAACGGCUCGAGAAGCUCGACUCGAGGCGAGGCGGAGCUGCUCGACGAGAGGCCGGGCGAGGCCGUCUGGCUUACCCUGCAGCGGGGAGGCGUCGAGAAGGCGCGAGAAGAUGCUGCGCGCAACUGGAACAUGCCUCCGGGAGGCGUGCACGUCGCCUUCUCGGGCUACAUGCUCUCGAACGCAAACGUGCCGAGCCGGGCCGUCAUCUCCGAGCUCAACAACUGCAAGACGCCAGACUUGGACGCCUUCACCUCCGUCUUCCUCUCCCUGCCGCACGGCGCCCGCGUGCCGGUGCGGUACCGCCUCCCGUACUCGCACCACACCGAGCGGCUCGCCGUCCUCGACGUGCGCGCAGUCACACCGUCCCUCGUGCGCGUGCUCUUCGACAUCCCGUACCAAAUCGACGGCGUGGCGGGCCUCAAGUACGCCGGGAUGGGCGUCGUCGUCGACGCGGCGGUCGGUCUCGUGCUCGUCGACCGCAACACGGUGCCCGUCGCGCUCGGCGCGUGCCGCACCCGGAGCGCGUGCCGGAUCGAGUUCGCCUCGACGGUCGAGGUGCCUGCCGUCACCGCCUUCCUCCACCCGACCCACAACAUCGCCCUCGUGAGGUACGACCCGGCGCUGCUCUGCGGCGACAGCGUCAGAUCCGCGACCCUCUCGCCCACGCCGCUCGAGGUUGGCGAGGAGUGCAUGUUCGUCGGCCUGCCUCGCCAAGACGCGGCGCUGCCCGUCUUCCAGCAGAGCGUCGUCCGCGAGACGUGCGUCGGCAUCGCGUCCGUGCCUCGCUUCCGCGCGGUCAACGAGGAGGUGAUCCGGUUCGACGACACCGUCGGAGGAGUCUUCGUCGACGAGAGCGGCGAGGUGAAGGCCUUUUGGGGCGCGUACUGCUGCUGCCACGAGGACGAGCUCUACGAGCAGUUCGAGGGCGUGCCGGCCCAGCCGCUCCUACCGAUCCUCGCCGCUUGCUCCGAGCUGCGCCCCGUCUCUCUGAGUGUGGCGUGCGGCUCGGUGGCCGGCUCGGGGCUUGGCCUGAGCCGCGCGUGGGCGGAGCGGCUCGUCGCGUGCGAGCAAGAGAAGAGGCAGGUGCUGUCGGUGCAGCGGCUCAUCCCGGGGACGCCGGCGCACGGGCAGCUGCUCGAGGGCGACCUGAUCCUCGCCGUGGACGGAGUGCCAGUCAACACGUAUCCCGCCGUCGAGGCGGCCGUGCUCCGCUCGCCGCGCGUCCAGCUCACCGUCUUGCGCGACGGCGGGGAGAGGGCUGUCCGCUCGGACGGGACGACGCACAUCACCGUCUGGUGCGGCCUCAUCCUGCAGCACGCGUACCGGGCCGUCCUCGAGCGCGGCUACUCGCCGCCGGGCGGCGGCGUCUACAUCUCGUACUACCUCUACGGCUCGCCGGCCCAAAAGUACAAGCUCGUGCCCAAGAACUGGAUCGUCGAGCUCAACGGCUCGCCCGUCGCCGACCUAGCCGGCUUCGUCGAGCUGGUGCGCGAGCUGCCGCACGGGGCAAACGUCCGCGUCAAGCUGGUCGAUCUGAAUGGAAAGACGUCCGCCUUCUCCCUCAAGACCGACCACAACUACUGGAGGGGGUACGCGGUGCACCUCGCCGGAGAGCAGUGGGUGCUGCGCGCGCUCAACGAGCCGCCCGCGGCGAGCUGA